AUGCUACCUACUUUCGUUUUACCUCUUAUUGUCCUGUCCGCUGUAAGCGCGAGUCCGCUCGCCGCCCGUUCCCCUACCGCCCGUUCCACUACACCCAUCUCAGCAUCUUGGUAUACCGGAUGGCAUGCAACUGAAGGAGCCCCGCUCUCUUCAGUUAGCUGGGAGAAGUACAAUACAAUGUACUACUCAUUUGCAGAAACUACCAAUGACGUCUCCAGUCUGAGCCUGGUAGGCUCUGAUGGCGAGCUGCUCCCACAGUUCGUUUCUGAGGCCCAUGCACAUGAUGUUGAGGCUCAUAUUGCUGUCGGAGGCUGGACUGGGAGUAUUUGGUUUUCUUCUAACUUUGCCACUGCCAAAAACCGGACGGCAUUUGUCCAGACCGUAACAAAUUUUGCUUCAAAGUACAACCUUGAUGGCAUUCAGGUCGACUGGGAGUACCCAAACAAUCAGGGACUCGGCUGUAACACCAUUAGCGUGAACGAUACAGCAAAUUUCCUCGCAUUCCUCCAGGAGCUUCGCCAAAACCCAGUAGGAGCAACACUCACUCUCUCGGCUGCCGUAGAUGUGAAAACCUUCUAUGACGCUACCGGACAUCCUUCUACUGACGUCAGUGGGUUUGCCAAGGUCCUCGAUUACAUCGUCCUGAUGAAUUACGACGUUUGGGGCCCUUGGUCCCCGACUGUUGGGCCCAAUGCACCGUUGGACGACACCUGUAUCGCGGCAGGGGCACGAAAGGGCUCUGCUGUUUCUGCAGUUAAAGCUUGGUCGGAUGCAGGAAUCCCGGCCAAUCAAAUCGUACUCGGCGUUCCUACCUAUGGUCACUCAUACAGUGUCUCGCCCUCUGACGCCUUCGCGUCCGACAAGAAGACGCUAGCUGCAUACCCCGCUUUCAACGCCUCGAACCAGCCCUUGGGUGAUGCAUGGGAUAACAGUACUGCUGGUGGUUACGAUGCUUGUGGCGUAUAUGGGUCGGGCUCAGGCGGCACCUUCAACUUCCGGGGCCUCAUUGACGGCGGUUUCCUCACCGCAAAAGGCAAGCCUGCUGAUUGCAUUCACUACAGAUAUGACAACUGCAGUCAGACGCCGUAUGUGUACAAUGAGACCUCCCAAGUUAUGAUAUCCUUCGACAACGUUCAAUCGUAUGCUGCCAAGGGCAAGUAUAUUAAGAACGCCGGGCUACGCGGUUUCGCGUUGUGGGAGACGGGUGGUGACCAUAACGAUAUGCUCCUCGACUCUAUCAUCCAUGCUGUUGGGCAUUAG